AUGUUUGGCUCAUCGGUUGAUAGGCGUAUAGCAAUAUCCUUCUGGCUUUUUGGACUCAUUAACAACGCCCUUUAUGUAGUGAUUCUCAGUGCUGCCAGUGAUCUUGUAGGGCCCAAUAUUCCUAAAGCUUUAGUUCUCUUCUUUGAUGUGGCACCUUCAUUUAUUGUCAAGCUCUCUGCUCCCUUUUAUCUAAAAUUUAUUCCCUAUAACUUCAGAAUAUUUAUCUGUGUUGCUUUCAGUUGCUUUGGGAUGGUUAUCUUGAGCGGCUCAUCUGAUACGUAUGAAAGUUCUUUGGGUAGGAAAAUGUUGGGAAUAACAUUCGCUUCCUUAUCGUCGGGUUUAGGAGAGGUCACAUUUUUAAGUUUGACCCAUUACUAUAAAGAUAUCAGUUUGAAUGCAUGGAGCUCCGGAACUGGCUUUGCGGGAAUCUUUGGAUCCUUCAAUUUUAUGGUUAUGACAACUUGGUGGAACAUUAGUACAAGAAAUACUUUAUAUUCAUUUAGUAUUUUACCAUUUACUUUCAUUGCAGUUUUCUGGAAAGUAUUGCCAACCAUUCCAGACAUUAACGACACGUAUUUGUCGUUAAGAUUCCUAGAUAUGCUGCCUGCAAACAACCAAGAGCAUGAGGAUUCUGUUGGAUUCUUAACCGAGAGGCAAGACCCAGAAAGCGGGUCUCAUAACUUGAUCGACCUAAAGCAUCACAUUCAAGCUACAGCAAAAAAUAUUGCACCUUUGGUUGUUCCAUACAUGAUACCCCUCUCUACAGUUUAUUUUGCCGAAUAUUUGAUUAACCAGGGGAUAUCUCCAACACUUUUGUUUCCUCUCAAAGAUACACCGUUUUCAAGCUUUAGAGAUAUUUACGUAUCAUAUGCUACCUUAUAUCAGGUUGGCGUGUUUAUAUCAAGAUCAUCUGCUCCAUUCUUUCGCUUAAAGAAUCUUUAUUUGCCUGCAAUCCUCCAAAUCGUGAAUUUAUUGUUAUGUGUAAUCCAGUCGAUGUAUCUUGUAGUCCCAUCAAUUUAUUUUAUGUUUAUUAUCAUCUUCUAUGAGGGUUUACUCGGCGGUGCGUCAUAUGUUAAUACUUUCAUGUCUAUAAGCGAAGAGGUGUCAUUGGAAAUUAGAGAAUUUGCAUUGGGAACAGUUAGUAUAAGCGAUUCUCUUGGUGUUGGUUUGGCUAGCUUAAUCGGAAUGUGGACAGAGACCAGCCUUUGCGAUUAUCAAGUUUCUCAUGGCCGAGAUUGGUGUAAAAAGAAAUAA